CUACUUUAUAUUAAAUAGCAAAAACUGAAGUUAUCUGCUGUGACCCCAGCGAGGCCAGGUCUUAUCAAUGCUCAGUUAUUCUUGAACGUUCCGAUCGACAACAUGAAUAUACUGUGGUUAAUAGUGUUACUUCAUACUGUGUUUGCUAAAACUAGAAAUAGUUUUGGGUAUUCUUACUUGAAGGACACUAAAUUGUGCCAACCCUGGACAUGCAUCAACAACAAGCUCGGUCUGCCGGACUCCUUGCCUCCGCGAGAUCAGUUCUCUGCUGCCCUCAGACUCCUUCUGCCUCUAGGACCCUGGCAGGACGUGGUGGAGGAUGUCCUGAACGUCUGCUAUGGAGACCGCCCCAGGAUAUACACUAACACUUGUCCUGGACAAGCGCUGUUGCAUUGUACUGUGGAUAACUUGAUCCAGUAUUGUCCAGAUCAAAGCUGGAGGAAAGAUGAUGCGUGUGCGCCGGUAUCCAGCCUCGCCGGUUUGAUGUACAUGUUCCAGCAGAGUCGAUAUGAAAAUCUCGAGAUACACUUGCCUGCAGACAAACGACCGUCCUGGUUCUUGAAAAACUAUUUCAACUCUAAAUGCUGCAAUCUACCUAAUUUGUUCAACUCGUCGCUUCUCAACGAGUGUGGGUUCAAAUCUGUCAUCCUGUACCAUACACAUGAGCCAAGAACUGGUAAUAGCCAUACUCCGGAAGUGACAACGACCACCGCAAGAAACGAUGGUGACGUAGUGAAACUUGUGGAUCUUAAUGCGAUUCGGAGCGGUGGAGACCCUGCAGAUGUAACACCAAAUAAUGACUUAGAUCCUCUCGCGUGUUGCGACCUCUCUGGCUUCAUCGACCCCUCCUGGAGACAAGAAUGCAAUUUCCACGUAACCUGGGACAAGGACACUCGGAUGACGGUACAAACCCCACCAGAACCUGUCACUGUAUCACCGACCACUACUGCCAGACCUGGACAGAUGAGGGAUGUGAAGGUCGUGCCUGAGACGUGCGAGAAACAAUCCUGCGUAUUCAGGAAGCUGAACAUAAUAUCUGACUCAGGAUCUGUUGACAUCGAUGCCUUCUCCAAACUAUUGGAUAACAUGACAAGCGCGCACGCAUCCUGGACUAAGGCUAAAGCUCGAGUCGUGACCAAAUGUCUGAGCAAACCUAUCACAGAUUACGUUGAAGAUUGCGAGAUUAAUAAAGUGUUGGCAUGCACCUUUGAUGUUCUUUCUGAGAACUGUCCACAUAGUCCAAAGCAUGAUAUUUGCAAGCACUCAAGCUCAAUACGAAAUGAUACAAUGUGCCAGAUAAGUGCUUCGAAGUUUCGACCAAAACACCGCAGACAGUACUGCGGUCUACCCAACCUGGUUAACCCUGAAGUAUUGGCUGAGUGUGGAAUGAACUCUAUCACUCGCAUGGAGUAUGUCCCAGACCCCGUCACUAGCCGGCCUAAGACGCACUGGUGGAGUAAAGCCAGUCAUUCAUGCAAGACCAUGACGGAUUCAACCAAGUGUUUGUUGAACAAGAUGGGUGUGCUUAACAAAUAUGGUUUCUUAGAUUAUUUCAAGAUGAAAGACAGUAUCCGCAAGUUUACAUCGGAACAUAGUUGGGCAACACUUACCGAGGCGUAUUUGACCUUUUUUAUUGCUACCCCCAUGUACCAAGACCAGUGUAACACUCCUAAGAAGUUUUUGAACGUCGUUGAUGCUAUGUUGAUGACUUGCCCAAUGUCCAAGAGGAAGAAUACACUACAAUGCAAUCGUACAUUGAAUGACAUGGUUAACACGCCCUUCGUACGAAGCCCUUUGUUUUACAAAAAAAUAGAAGACCAAAGGCAUUUCGACCACGUCUACAACCCUUCCGCAUAUAUCCCGUCAAAACCGGUAACGAAAAAACCGGUUUUACAAACGGUUAUACGUAAAAACCCCUUAUUCGAAUCUCCUAUAUUAAACAUGAAAGACGCCCCGCCUGUUGAAGUAAUUGAUCUUAAGCCGACGAAAAGACCGCUGGUGAUUUUACCGGUUUAUCUAAGAAUGAACGGUAAGGGUGUAGGUUCUCUUUCGGUUAGACCGUAUUAUGAUGGGAUAUUGAGGAAAUAAAAACAUUACUUGAAAAGUAGAUGUAAGUACUUUUCGGAAAUAAUAUUUUCAUUGCAAAAAUCAACUCGUAUAAAAAUACCAAAGAUGGGUGUGUUAUUGUGUUAAUAAUAAUUCGUUUUGUUGAUAUCUGUCUUAACAUUAUUAAUUAAAGGGGGGGGAUACGUUUAUUGUACAUUUUCCUGAUUUCUGAAUCUGAAUUAAGUAAAGUAGGUCUUAUUAUUAAAAUCUAUGUUUAUGUGUUUCUUAAUUGUGUAGUCAUAAGCAGGCUAUAUACGACACGCUGCAGGGCACAGGCCUCCUCUCAAUCAACCGGAAGUGUUUUGGAGCAUACUCCAUCGCGUGUGUAGUCAGUAAAGAAGAAAAACAAAAUGUACCAUUCUCAUAACUAAUUUUAUAAGAUUAAUAAAAAUAU